UACAAAAUUCUAGCUGCAUCACCUCCGGGUUACUCAGCAUCUGCUGAGUAUAUCUUUCUUCAAGUUUCUAUAAACGGAGUUAAGGCUCUCAUUGGAGUGGUCUACUGUCCUCCUGCAGUGGACUAUUUCUCUGAUCUCGAGUUGGUUCUGGAGUCCAUUGGAUCUGAGUAUGAGCAUCACGUCAUCAUGGGUGAUUUUAACACAAACCUUUUGCACACUACCCUCCGUUCCCGUAAACUUCGAAACAUCAUUGAGUCUGUGGGUCUCCAUGUCUUACCACUUCAAGCAACUCACAGCAGCACUGGAGGUGAGGAUACAUGGCUUGACUUGGCCCUAACCUCAAGUCCUACUCACGUCUCCUCUCAUGGCCAAUGUCCAGCCCCUUGCUUUUCCCGUCAUGACCUAAUUCAUUUGUCCUAUCGCCUUAAGCCUCCUAAACCUAUCCCUAGGGUGCUGCGCAUGCGUUGUUUUGCAAAAAUGGAUGUCGACAGACUGUGUAGGGAUGCCGCUGAGCUCGAGUGGGAGUCACAGGUAUCCGGUGCUUCCUCGGUCGAUGAUAAGGUGUCCGUCUUCAACAAACUGGUAAAAACCUUAUAUGAUAUCCAUGCUCCAGUCAAAUCAAUAAAAGUUAAACGUCCACCGGCUCCAUGGAUGUCGAAGGGUGUGCGUAUGGCCAUGAGGCGAAGAAAUCGAGCCUUCAGGAAAUAUAGGCGGGAUCGGUCGGAGGAUAAUUGGGUGCUGUGCAAGUCGGCUAGGAAUCGAUGUAAUCAGAUGAUACGUAAUGCUAAACGCCGACACAUUCUCGAAAAUAUCACUUCUAGCUCCGCGGCCGAUAUCUGGAAAUUCCUUGGAACUCUGGGUAUCGGUAAACAAGGCCAUGUGGAGCUGCCUAACACGAUUGGUCUGGACGAUAUCAAUCGUCAUUUCACCACCACUUCUAAUUUGGAUCGUCAGACCAUUCGUCAGACGGUAGACUUCAUCGCUGGCCUUCCGCGUAGGAAUACAGAUUCCUUUAGUUUUUCUCCGGUUGCCUCGGGCGAUAUCAAAAAGAUUAUCCUUUCAAUAAAAUCCAGAGCCGUUGGCUUUGACGACAUAGGUCGUAGUAUGAUUAUCCCGAUCCUUGAUUAUAUCCUUCCAUCGAUUACCCACAUUAUCAACUUUUCCUUGUUCUCAGGACAGUUCCCUUCCCUGUGGCGUAAUGCGUACGUCCGUCCUCUUCCGAAAAUCACAAAUCCCUCUCUCCCUUCACACUUCCGUCCUAUUUCAAUCCUUCCAUUCCUCUCUAAAGUGCUGGAAGCCUGUGCCCAUAAGCAGUUUUCAUGUUUUAUAGCCCGUCACAACCUCUUAAGCCCCUUGCAGUCUGGAUUCAGACCUGGGCACAGUACGGCUACAGCACUUCUCAAAGUGACUGGCGACAUUAGAGAGGGGAUAGGUGAGACCAAAGUUACUAUCAUGGUAUUGAUAGACUUCUCCAAUGCCUUUAAUGCCGUCAGUCACGACAUCCUUGAAUCCAUCCUGUCCCAUCUUAUGGUGUCGCCUGGGGCACUGGAUUGGUUCCGGUCUUAUCUUCGUGGGCGCCAGCAGGCUGUUCGCAACGAGGAGACGCUGUCGAAUUGGUGUGCGCUUGCCGCUGGGGUCCCACAAGGCGGUAUACUUUCACCAUUACUAUUUUCUAUUUUCAUAAACUUCAUCACUCAUAACCUUCAGUGUGCGUAUCAUCUCUACGCCGAUGACCUUCAGAUUUACACUCGAGCUCGGCCGGAAGAUCUGUCGAUAGCUAUUGACAACCUUAACAAGGAUUUGGAAGCAGUGAGCAGAUGGUCUGACCGGUUUGGUGUGGCAGUAAACCCCACGAAAUGCCAGGCUAUUAUAAUUGGUAGCUCACGUAUGAUGAGCAGGGUGGUAGUCGCACAUCUUCCCCCAUAA